AUAAUUCGGUUUACGUCAUUAUAUUGACAAUAUCUAAAUUAACUCCAAUUGAACUCCCCUCUGCAAAGUCUGGUUGGGAAAUUACACUAUGUUUAAUCCGGAAGAGAGACGAAUGCAGUUCGAUUGAAGAGACAUUGUCAUUCUUGAACAGAAAGGUAUCUGCAAUAUUACUUAAGCCAUGCUUUUCUUUUGGUAGCUAACACUUUCUGCAGGUUAUGUAUCAGGCCUAUUAACUAAGUUGGUUUGAAUGGAACUGAAUAAAAAAUGCAUCGAGCCAAGGUCAGUAAAUAAAGCUAGCUAGCUAGUUAGCUAACAAACCAGCUCUGAUUCAGGUUUAUAAAAAACUCCAGUUUGACAGUCAACCAUCGAGGCAUUUCUGUCAACUUGUAGUUCAUGUAGAUAGUGUCAUGACUUGCCCUCAUGGGUUGAGGAUCAAACAUUCCUGCUAGGCAAAGGUUUGAACAUCCCUUUUCCUGGGGGCCAGUUUUAUGACUUAACAGCCGGUCAUAAAUAGUUUGCAGAAAAAUACUCAUUUUGGUCUCUAGUAUGGGAAGAAAGAAUUUCCCUGUGAGACAAAGGAAGUCUUCCCGCCAAGACUCCAACAUCCAAAAGUGGAUAAUGAAACAAUAUUCCUACUUAAAAGAAUGUGGGAAAUGGUCAGUGGGGAUCUAAAGAAUAACGUGAAGAGUGAGCAAAACGUUGCAAAUGGUUGAAACUCUACAGACUAGCAGACGUGAAGAGUGAGCUAAACGUUGCAAAUGGUUGAAACUCUACAGACUAGCAGACGUGAAGAGUGAGCAAAACGUUGCAAAUGGUUGAAACUCUACAGACCAGCAGACGUGAGGCGUGAGCUAAACGUUACAAAAUGGUUAAAAAUGACAACUCCAUUACCAAAGGAAGACCAGCAGACGUGAAGCGUGAGCCAAACGUUGCAAAUGGUUGAAUUUCUACCCAGACCAGCAAGCCCCAGAAAACGAGACGUUAGUCCACAUGUUUGAAAUGGAGAAACUCUGAAACUCUCAACCUCUACACGAGGUGAAGAAGAAGACAAUGCACUAGACCUUAUCAUUUCAGUCUGCAGCUGGCAUGUAUAGUCGUCUAGAGAACUUUCACUAUAGACACGAAGUGGGAAGGACAAUCCCUCAGACAACCGCUGGUACAUCUGAAGUAUCCAUUCUAACCAGCACUAUGACCAGAAACUCUACCAAGGACAUUGGGAUCUCUGGUGGGCAAACCAGAGUCCUACAUCAUCAACUCAACUAUCGAGGACAGCUACACGUAAAUACAUGUUGCAUUUCUAAUCCGAAUGAGCGUUAUUAGGGUGCGUAAGUAUUAUGAUUACUGUGAGCAUAGUCUCCAAAGGAACCACGAUAGUUUGAAUCUGUCUCUCCCUUCCACUCUGACCCUCCUUCUACCCAAGCAGUCAUGCGAUUGUUAGUCCAGUCCACUAGGGACCUGUUUUCAUUGUAUUACGUUAGUAAUCAAUAACCUAUGUUAUAAUAAUAAUAAUAAUAUGCCAUUUAGCAGACGCUUUUAUCCAAAGCGACUUACAGUCAUGCGUGCAUACAUUUUUGUGUAUGGGUGGUCCCGGGGAUCGAACCCACUACCUUGGCGUUACAAGCGCCGUGCUCUACCAGCUGAGCUACAGAGGACCACGUUAUGUUAUUAUGUUAUUAUUUAGUUAGUAAAUAAAUAAUUAAGCCAAUUUGUGUAUUGCUGAUUCAUCAAUAAGGUUAGGGUUCUUGCAGGUUCAAGGAUUAUGCAACGUUCAGAAUGAGACUGAUGAGGUAAUUAUUUGAUAAGUGACUGUUAUCGAUAUAUAACAUAUCUUCUAAGAGUUUAAUUCUGGAGAUGGUAACUCAUUAAACAACUUAUUCCGUGGUGCCCCAAAUUCCUAAUGAGUUAAUUGUUACAUGAUUAAUUUAAUCAAGUGACAAUUAAACAUAGUUAGGUGAUUCGAUAAAUAAGUCAUACAUGAAAGUAAGUCACGUCACGACAAUAUUAAGUAGGAAUAGUAGAAUAAUGACGAAUAUGGUAAUUUGCAAUACCCCAUAUUUAAAUGCUUUUGCACAUGAGUCAAUAAAUAAUUUAUUGGUUGUGUUCUCACCAGUGCAGUUUACCCCAGAUUGUGAGCAGUUCAUGCACAUUAUUAAUAGGCAGAGAUUAUGUCACUCAUUGAAUUUAUGCUACCUCUGCAGGCCAGAUGAACAACCUGAAUGACCCCCAGGAAUGGAACAUCAGGCCAGAGCAGAGAGGGGGUGGUGGUGGUGGCGAUUUGAACAAGUGGAACUAUGCCCUACUGGUGCCAAUGAUUAGCCUCGCUGCCUUCCGUAAGUACUGAAUUACAUAAGUUGCCUGCUCAAGACUUCAGAAGCACAGAGCAGGUUGCCUGUUAUGACUAGACAUAAUAACAAUGUUACUGACUCUGCAUUACUGGGCGAUCAGAGGGCCACUGUGCUCAGUUUACAGACAUCAGUUUUAGGCCAAUAAAAAUGUACUGUACUGCUGAUGUCUUACCAUAUGCAUUAACUCUCAAUGCACAUCCUGAAAUCCAAGAUUGGCAUGUCUGAUGACAAACUUUCCUUACUUUCAUUUGGUAAGAUAAGGUAAGUGGCAACAUUUUGCAUCCACAACUUGUAAGACACAGGUAGAUAGCAAGCUAAAUGCAAACAUCUUUCAGGGUGGAUCUGGUCCAGGGAGUCACAGAGGGAAGUGUUGGAGGUGAAAGAAAAGUACGACAAGAGCAUGCAGGCCAUCCGCGAUGACAUGGAGCUGAAGUACAAGGACACGCUGAGAGAGAACCGACGGGAGACGGUCCACCUGGAGCUGGAACUGGAGAAGGAGAAGAACCGCGUGCAGGGCUACCGCCAGGCCAUAGCCUCCCAGAGCCAGCAGCUGAUGGAGGAACGCAGGAGGCUUAGCCAGGAGCGGGAGGCCCUGACUGGGGAGAAGAGCCGGCUGCUGCAGGCGGGCGCAGCAGGGGCCCUCUUCCACACGGCUCUGGAGAGGGAGAGUGAGAGCAAGUGGCACCGGAGAGCCAUAGCCGCUCUGAGGGAGGUGGAGGAGGGUCUGGUGGAGAGGCAGGGGGCUUUCUGCAGCAUCAUGGUGCCCCGGGAGAAGAGGCUGGAAAUGGAGAAGGACGUGCUGGUCAGAGCUGGCAGGGAACGGGCUCUCGCCCAGCUGGACAUGGAGGCCGGCCUGAAGGACAUCUUUAAAAAUGACCGCCACUGUGCACAGUACCUGAACACUGACAAGCGCAAGAACGGUAGUCUGAUGUGGAUCUACCUCAGAUACUGGCAGCUGCAGGUCACACUACAGAAACACAGGAGAGCAGAGGCCAUGUUGUUAGAAACACAGUCUAGCAAUCUAUGAUGUCGCUGGGAUUAUGAUCCAAAGUGAUAUUUAUUAAUGAUGUAUAAUACACUACCAGUCUAAAGUUUGGACACACCUACUCAUUCA